AUGCAAAUCCUCCGAGUGUCUAACCGUCGGGAUAUGGCCUUGCAUGAGUAUGACCCUGCUUCCUUAGCUGAAAUAUUUUGGCAGGAAUGCUGCAGCGAACUGUUUGCGUGUUUAAUGAAGGCCGAUGAAGAUCAAAGCACGAACCUUAGUCCGGUCGAACAAUUCGAGAACUCGCUUCCAAAUCAAAAAGUGGUCAACUGGUGUGGUGCUGGCCUGGAUGCUGUUAGGCCAUCUUAUGCAGGACCAUGGGUAGAGUUUAUAAACAUUCUUUACGACUGUGAAACACGCACGUAUGAGUGGAUUGGAAAGAUCCAGGUAGCACUUCCGAAAUUGGAACAUACAACAAAAGAGAACUCCAAGGUCUUGAUAUACUUAUCCCACAGGCUUCUGGGCCAGGGUAUCGAGACAAGGACAUGUACCAAACAAGACAACAUGUCGAGUAUUUACAGAUGGGAAUCAAAGGACACUCUCUUCUUCUGGAUCUACAAUGUGCAGGUGAAGAUGCAUGACAAGAGGACAACUGAAUGUAGAUACACAAUCCGAUGGGGAGGGCUGGAUAUCGGCAGUAGAUUCCAGAUUGCUCCGGCCACUAUGCGGAAAUGGAGCAUUAUCAGUGCGCCUUCUCCACUGCCUCGAUGUACCACCUGGAGAUAUAAGUACGCAUUCUUACAGCUUCAAAACGACAGCUAUGACUAUCUGUGUCAGCUAGGAGAGCAUCAGUUAGCUCACAUCCCAUAUCUAUGUUAA